AUGGCGCUAAAAUACCUCCUCAAGUUUCUCUUCCUCGCCUUCGUGCUGCUCACGAACGCUGAGGAAGAUUGCAAGCACAAGAUUUGCGUGGAUAUUUCUGAGGAUUACUUUCUGAGUAAUCCUCUGAACUGCAGCAGCUACUUCUUCUGUCGACAGGGAAGAGCUCACCGUGGUUACUGCCCUGAUGGACAAUUCUUCCAUCCUCCACAUCAAAAGUGCGAUAAUUUCUGGAACGUUCCUUGCCAGCCAAUACCAGAGUUUGAACUGGAGUGUAUCGACGACGAGGAGCCAAGUCAGCCACCAGAGGAGCCGCCGCCGGAGGAGCAAGAGUUCCUUUGUCCCUCGGACGAAGCGCAGUUCCUGCAGCAUCCGCACGACUGCUCCAAGUACAUCCUCUGCUUCCACCGAGUGGCGCACGUUCGCCACUGCGCUUCUGGCCUGGAGUGGCACGGCGCCAUCGAGCAGUGCAACACUCCCGACCAGGCGCAGUGCUCGCCGUCGCAGUGCCCCAUUCCGGACAAUCCCAACCAGCCCGUGUUUCUCUACAACGACAACCAGUGCGGCGCCUUCGCGCUGUGCGUCAACGGGAUGCCGCAGUGGCGCUCCUGCGCGCCCGGAUUCCACUGGGAUCGCGUGAAUAACUUGUGCACGACACCCGAGAAGGCCGAGUGUGAGGAGAUCAAGGAGCCGCCAGUGGAGGAGAUUGAGUGCCUGGAAGACUCUCCGCUGAGGAAUCCUCAUCCGACUGAGUGCAAUCUGUACUUCCUCUGUAUUGAUCAGCAGUCUUUCAUGAGGAAUUGCGCUGAAAAUCUUAUCUUUGACUACCUUACGCGCACCUGCACGCUGCCAGAGGAUGGACUCUGCUACGCAGAUAUUGGAGCUGAACCUGCUUUUUCGCCGGCACCAAUAGGAGAAUUCGAUCAUCUGUGCGAGAACGGCGGCGGAAGUCCGAUUAGGGAGCAUCCGGACACCUGCCUGAAGUUCAUCGUGUGCGACUUCGACACAGGAAGCGCCUGGCCGCUCCCCUGCGCCGAUGGUCACGUGUUCGUGAGGGAGCUCUACGCCUGCGUGCCCGGAGACGUGGACACUUGCCAGCCGCACGACCUCAAGUGA